AUGGCACAGGUUCUCAGAGGCACUGUGACUGACUUCCCUGGAUUUGAUGACCGGGCCGAUGCAGAAACUCUUCGGAAGGCCAUGAAAGGCCUGGGUACUGAUGAGGAGACCAUCCUGACUAUUCUGACAUCUCGAAGCAACACGCAGCGCCAGGAAGUGGCUGCAUCUUAUAAAACUCUUUUUGGCAGGGAUCUCCUGGAUGAUCUGAAGUCAGAACUGACUGGAAAAUUUGAGAAGUUAAUUGUGGCUCUAAUGAAACCCUCCGAGCUUUAUGACGCCUAUGAGCUGAAGCAUGCUCUCAAGGCUGGAGAAUAUGGCUCAAGCCUGGAAGAUGAUGUGGUGAGCGAUACCUCUGGAUACUAUCAGAGGAUGCUGGUGGUUCUCCUUCAGGCUAAUCGAGACCCUGAUACUGGAAUUAAUGAAGCUCAGGUUGAAGAAGAUGCUCAGGCUUUGUUUCAAGCUGGGGAGCUCAAGUGGGGGACGGAUGAAGAAAAAUUUAUCACUAUCUUUGGAACACGAAGUGUGUCUCAUUUGAGAAGGGUGUUUGACAAAUACAUGACCAUAUCAGGAUUUCAAAUUGAGGAAACCAUUGAUCGAGAGACUUCUGGUAAUUUGGAGCAACUACUUCUUGCUGUUGUAAAAUCUAUUCGAAGUAUACCUGCCUACCUUGCAGAAACCCUCUACUAUGCUAUGAAGGGAGCUGGGACAGAUGACCACACCCUCAUCAGAGUCAUGGUUUCCAGGAGUGAGAUUGAUCUGCUUAACAUAAGAAAGGAGUUCAGGAAAAAUUUUGCCACCUCUCUUCAUUCCAUGAUCAAGGAUGAUACAUCGGGGGACUAUAAGAAAGCCCUCCUGCUGCUCUGUGGAGAAGAUGACUAA